AUGGCUGAUCGAGGAUUCACGAUUGAAGAAAGUGUUGGACUACGCCAAGCCAAAUUAGUAAUACCAGCAUUCACAAAGGGAAAGGCACAGCUUAGCCCUUUUGACGUGGAAAAAACCAGGGGUAUUGCUGCUGUCAGAAUCCAUGUUGAAAGGGUUAUAGGAUUACUAAGGAGGAAGUACACUGUUCUACAAGGAAUACUUCCAAUCGACGUGCUUCAAAAGAGUGGAAAAGAUCAAGCUCCAAUGAUUGACAGGAUUAUAUUGUCCCCUUUGAGUGAGAAAGAAGUUAAUCUGCCAAACAUCAAAGCAGCUUGUCAAGCACAUUUCAAGAAAAAUCUCGAGUGCGAUGUCUUAGCUGGAGAGAGGGGACCYUCAUUUACCGAUGUCGGCCAGAUCGAGAACUGGAAGGUAUUACAUKUCCGGUUUAUUGAUAAUGCUAGCCAGYACACUGUCAUUGACAGCGGUCCUUCAAGUACCCCACUUAACGUUAACAAGGAAACUCUGGUGCGUGAACUCAGCGGAAGGGUCAAAACCAAACCAGAAAAUGGAAUCCAACUUUUUGGAACACUUGAAAAUCAUACCAGAAAAAUCGUCCAAAUGAAUUCUUUAGCACGCAAUUUCGCGCAAAACUUAGAUUUGGAAAGGCCUACUCUUGAAUAUGGAGAAACCUUUAAGUAUGUGAAGGUCUAUUUCACUUCACUGGAUGAUGAAUUUGUUACAGUGGAGGACUUUAUUGAUGGAAAUUUCCAAAAGUACAUAAACAACACUGGAGAAAUUUGUCUUAAGGACGAUGAGGACAUAACACUUAAAGCAGAAGCCUUCGUCCACUAUACCUACGUUAGGUCUGAUUUCCAUUUGAUGGUCACUGACAUUCAAGGUGUUGGUUACACUCUCUGUGAUCCCGAAAUAGCCAGUUCAGUCCUUCAAGAUAAGGGCAGCUCAAUUUAUUUUUGCUCAGGAAACCUAUCACAAGAAGCCAUCAACACCUUUUUUAAUGGGCAUAACUGCAACAAAUUUUGCAAUCUUUUAAAGUUGCCAUCGCUUUGCAAAUCAGUUGCAAAGUGA